AUGGAGGCUGGCUUACGGCUGCGCGCCCUCGGCCUCUGCCGCGCCCGCGGCCACCGGGGACCGUUCCCCGCCGCGCACGGCGGCGGCGGCCGGCUCCCCCGCCGCCCGCGCCUCGCGGGGGCCUCGGCCUUCUGCUCCCUUGCUACGAGCGGUAACGGAGCCGCCGCCGCUGUCGCCGGACCCGUCGGGAGCGGCGCGGAGGUCGCGCGGGCCAAGAGGAUGCUUCAUGUGGUGCUGGUCUCCCCUCUGAUCCCAGGAAACACUGGAUCGAUUGCAAGGACAUGUGCAGCGUCAGCUGUUGGGCUGCAUCUUGUCGGGCCAUUAGGCUUUAAGGUAGAUGACACGAAGCUGAAGCGCGCUGGAUUGGAUUAUUGGCCUUAUGUUGUUGUCAAGAUUCAUGAUUCCUGGGAAGAGUUCCAAGAUUAUUUCAUGAAGCAGGAUGGAGAAAAAAGGUUACUGGCAUUUACUAAAAGAGGCACAAGCAUUCAUUCAGAUUUCUCGUAUAAGCCUGGGGACUGGUUAGUAUUUGGCUCUGAGACGAAAGGUUUACCACAAUCUGCCCUUGAGGACUGCUGUAGAGAAGGCAUAGGUGGUGGAACUAUACGAAUUCCAAUGGUGGAAACCUAUGUCCGGUGCCUAAAUCUUUCUGUUAGCGUUGGAGUAGCACUGUACGAGGCAGCCAGACAACUCAAUUAUGAACAGCUCAACUAUCAGCCGGAGCUCCCGGAAGAAGCACAAGGACUAUUCCCAGCUGAGGACAUUUAUGCGUGAAAACACUUCGUGGUACACUCACAAGAGUUGACACACUGUUGCUCCUGAAUUCAAUCCCUCAGAUCCUAUACCAUGUGCUUUUACUUACGAACAUUUCAUUUUGAGCAGGAGGAUAUCAUGGGAUUCUCUUGAAAAUUCAAUCUGUUCAUUGUCGAGUAAUUAUUUGUUUUGCAUGCCAUUUCAAAAUGUGCACAGGACCCCUGAUGUGGUCAAAGUACCAUGCCAUUAGUUUCAUAUACUAGCUGCAGUCAGAAGGUAAUUAUGUACUACUGCAGUAGUAUUGAUAAUAUGAGGCCUCCUCUGACUUGUCCCACACUGAGCUGUGCGCUUGUACUGAAACGAUAAGUUUGUCGAUUUGCAUUUGCAUAUGCACAGAUGUUUCGUUUCUGUUAAAUCUGGUGACGAAGGUUGGUGAAGAACUUCACUGCUAUUUAAAACUUCUGUCUGCUCACGAGCCAACUGAGAUACUACUAGACCC